AUGGUCGAUGGUCUUUUGGAGGAUGGACCUUUAAUAAGGCCUGUUGAAUCGGUAUCAACGAACACCCUCGUUGGAUUAUGUAUUGCUGCAAUAGCAGCAAUAUGCGCCGCCGCGAUGACCUGGUGGUUAUAUCGUCGACGUCGAGAGCACACAAAAUUAACCAUGGACAAGUCAUUGGCAUUUCGACCACCUCAUCGCAAGCCAACAGCGGUUAAAAGUCCAGGAAGUACAAGUCAUUAUUUAAAAAAAAGUCCAAGUCCUACGGGGCCUGCUAAGAGUCCACCUGGUUCUGGAGGACAGACACCCAGUCCAACUGGCUCUCAGCCACUCCAGAAUUCUAAUAAUUUUUCUUCGCAGCUGAAAUCACUUACAGGAGGAAACGAUAACUUAGUUCAGAAGACAUCCAGUGAGGUUACACUUACUGUUGAAAAUGAAAAAGAUAAAGCUGAGUUUGAAUCUAGUGAAAAAGCAGAGCGUACACUGAUCAAUGGUGACACAAAUAAAAACGAACUAGGACAGUUAUUUUUUAAAGUACGCUACCAAGCUGAUCAAAACGCACUUGCAGUCACAGUUGUUAAAUGCACAGGAUUACCAGCCCGUGGACAUCAAACCAGUGAUCCUUACAUCAAGCUUCAACUUUUACCAGAUAAAGAGGAUAGAGUAAAAACAAGAGUUCUAAGAAAUACGCGUGAUCCUGUUUAUGAUGAGGACUUUACAUUUUUUGGCGUCUCACAAAGUCAACUCCAGAAAAUUAGUCUUCACUUUAUCGUACUGAGCUUUGAUCGAUAUUCUCGAGAUGCGAUGAUUGGUGAAGUUAUAUGUAGUUUAUCUUCGAUUUUUGGAUCAGAAAAUAUGGAAAAUCAACCGAUAUCACUAUGUCGAGAGAUAUGUCCACGCAGCCUGAAGAUUCAAUCACAAGGCAGAGGAGAAUUGUUAGUUUCCUUAUGCUGGCAACCAGCAACAAAUCGUCUGACUGUUGUUGUUUUGAAAGCAAGAAAUUUACCAAAAAUGGAUGUUACUGGUUUAGCUGAUCCAUACGUUAAAAUAUAUUUACUCUACAAUUCACAACGCAUAGCUAAGAAAAAAACUCAUACUAAAAAGCGAACAUUGCACCCAGUUUUUAAUGAAUCUUUUGUUUUCGAAAUACCUAAUGGUAUUGACGGACUUGGGAAUAUCAGCUUGGAAUUUUUACUAUUAGAUUGGGAUCGUGUUACGAAAAAUGAGGUGAUUGGACGAGUAGAACUUGGUGGACAAAAGUGUGAAGGAACAGCACUGAUUCACUGGAAUGAAGUUUGCAGUUCACCUAGACGACAAAUAGCAGAUUGGCAUAAACUUACAGAAUAA